GGGAGGUGGAGGGAACGAGAGAAAGGCGAGGCAAGGCGAGGCACCCGACGGGACGAGACGAAACGAGACGCCGGAGUGGUGCGUGUCAGCGUCCAUCCUAACGGGACGGAGCUCCGGCUUCGGGGACAUGGAAUUACAAAGUAGCUGCUAACGCUCUCCUGGCCAGGCUCCCCAAGCAAGCAGGCACAGCUCCUGGGGGCGACAAGAAUCCUCAAGAAAAACAUGUCGGACAAGAUGUCUAGUUUCCUGCAUAUUGGAGACAUUUGUUCUCUAUACGCAGAGGGAUCGACAAAUGGAUUUAUCAGCACCUUGGGCCUGGUGGAUGACCGAUGUGUUGUGCAGCCAGAAACAGGCGAUCUGAACAACCCACCCAAGAAAUUCCGAGAUUGCCUCUUUAAGCUAUGUCCUAUGAAUCGAUACUCUGCCCAGAAGCAGUUUUGGAAAGCUGCAAAGCCUGGCGCCAACAGCACGACGGAUGCAGUACUACUUAACAAAUUGCACCAUGCAGCAGAUUUGGAGAAAAAGCAAAAUGAGACAGAAAACAGGAAGCUCUUGGGAACCGUCAUCCAGUAUGGCAAUGUCAUUCAGCUCCUGCAUUUGAAAAGUAACAAAUACUUAACAGUGAACAAGAGGCUUCCAGCUCUCCUAGAGAAGAAUGCAAUGCGAGUGACUUUGGAUGAGGCUGGGAAUGAAGGCUCUUGGUUUUAUAUUCAGCCAUUCUACAAGCUACGGUCUAUAGGAGACAGUGUUGUCAUUGGAGACAAAGUGGUUCUGAAUCCUGUCAAUGCUGGACAGCCUCUUCAUGCCAGCAGUCACCAGCUGGUGGACAACCCAGGCUGCAAUGAGGUUAAUUCUGUCAACUGCAACACCAGCUGGAAAAUUGUCCUUUUCAUGAAAUGGAGUGAUAACAAAGAUGACAUAUUAAAAGGGGGUGAUGUGGUCAGAUUGUUCCAUGCAGAGCAAGAGAAGUUUCUGACCUGUGAUGAGCAUCGAAAGAAGCAGCAUGUCUUCUUGAGGACCACUGGGAGGCAGUCAGCCACUUCUGCAACCAGUUCCAAAGCCCUUUGGGAGGUCGAGGUGGUACAACAUGACCCAUGUCGUGGUGGAGCAGGAUACUGGAAUAGUCUCUUUCGUUUCAAACAUCUUGCUACCGGGCAUUACUUAGCAGCAGAGGUAGACCCUGACUAUGAGGAAGAAUGCCUGGAGUUUCAAUCCUCAAUGGAUUCUGAUCAGGACACAUCAAGAAGCAGGUUACGAAAUGCCCAGGAAAAGAUGGCGUACUCCCUAGUCUCUGUGCCAGAAGGAAACGAUAUCUCUUCCAUCUUUGAGCUAGAUCCUACUACUUUGCGAGGAGGUGAUAGCCUUGUUCCAAGAAACUCCUAUGUCAGGCUCAGACACCUGUGCACUAAUACCUGGGUUCACAGCACAAAUAUCCCCAUUGACAAGGAAGAAGAAAAACCGGUGAUGCUUAAAAUUGGCACAUCUCCCGUGAAGGAAGACAAGGAAGCUUUUGCCAUAGUUCCGGUGUCUCCUGCUGAGGUUCGAGAUUUGGACUUUGCCAAUGAUGCCAGCAAGGUUUUGGGAUCCAUUGCUGGAAAGCUGGAAAAAGGGACUAUUACACAGAAUGAAAGAAGAUCGGUGACCAAGCUGCUUGAAGACCUAGUUUACUUUGUCACUGGUGGAACUAAUUCAGGUCAAGAUGUUCUUGAAGUCGUGUUCUCCAAACCUAAUAGAGAACGCCAGAAACUGAUGAGAGAACAGAAUAUUCUCAAGCAGAUUUUCAAGCUACUGCAGGCCCCAUUUACAGACUGUGGAGAUGGACCAAUGCUGCGUUUGGAGGAGCUAGGGGACCAGCGGCACGCUCCCUUCCGACAUAUCUGCCGGCUGUGCUACAGGGUGUUAAGGCAUUCGCAACAAGACUACAGAAAGAACCAGGAGUACAUCGCCAAGCAGUUUGGCUUUAUGCAGAAGCAAAUUGGCUAUGAUGUUCUGGCUGAAGAUACGAUUACAGCUCUGCUUCACAACAAUCGGAAACUCCUGGAGAAGCACAUCACUGCCGCCGAGAUCGACACCUUUGUCAGUCUCGUGAGAAAAAACCGGGAGCCCAGAUUCUUAGAUUACCUCUCUGACCUGUGUGUGUCCAUGAACAAGUCAAUUCCGGUGACCCAAGAACUGAUCUGUAAAGCGGUGCUGAAUCCAACUAAUGCCGACAUACUGAUUGAGACUAAGUUGGUUCUUUCUCGUUUUGAGUUCGAAGGAGUGUCCACUGGUGAAAAUCCUCUGGAAGCUGGAGAAGAUGAGGAGGAGGUUUGGCUGUUCUGGAGAGACAGCAACAAGGAGAUUCGCAGUAAGAGUGUCCGGGAGCUGGCUCAGGAUGCUAAGGAAGGGCAAAAAGAAGAUCGGGAUGUCCUCAGCUACUACAGGUAUCAGCUGAACCUGUUUGCUAGGAUGUGUUUAGACAGACAAUAUCUGGCCAUCAAUGAAAUAUCCGGUCAACUUGACGUAGACCUCAUUCUUCGAUGUAUGUCUGAUGAGAACUUGCCCUAUGAUCUGAGAGCAUCGUUCUGCCGACUGAUGCUCCAUAUGCAUGUGGACAGAGACCCUCAGGAACAGGUUACUCCUGUGAAAUAUGCCCGCCUGUGGUCAGAGAUCCCUUCGGAAAUAGCGAUUGAUGACUAUGAUAGCAGUGGAACAUCCAAAGAUGAAAUUAAAGAGAGAUUUGCUCAGACUAUGGAAUUUGUGGAGGAAUAUUUAAGAGAUGUUGUUUGUCAGAGAUUUCCCUUCUCUGAUAAAGAGAAAAAUAAGCUCACAUUCGAGGUUGUAAACUUGGCCAGAAAUCUCAUCUAUUUUGGUUUCUACAACUUCUCUGACCUCUUACGAUUAACCAAGAUCCUGCUGGCUAUCUUAGAUUGUGUACAUGUUACUACUAUAUUCCCUAUUAGCAAAAUGGCAAAAGGAGAAGAGAAUAAAGGCAGUAAUGUGAUGAGGUCCAUCCAUGGAGUUGGAGAGUUGAUGACUCAGGUUGUUCUCAGGGGAGGAGGGUUUUUGCCCAUGACUCCCAUGGCAGCUGCACCUGAAGGGAAUGUGAAACAAGCAGAGCCUGAGAAAGAAGAUAUCAUGGUCAUGGACACCAAGUUGAAGAUCAUUGAGAUUCUUCAGUUUAUUUUGAAUGUGAGAUUGGAUUAUAGGAUCUCAUGCCUCCUGUGUAUAUUUAAACGGGAGUUUGAUGAAAGCAAUUCCCAGACUUCAGAGACAUCCUCAGGAAGCAGCAACCAAGAGGGACCAAGUAAUGUACCAGGAGCUCUUGACUUUGAACAUAUUGAGGAGCAAGCUGAGGGAAUCUUUGGAGGUAGUGAAGAGAACACACCACUGGACCUGGACGAUCAUGGAGGCAGAACGUUUCUUCGGGUCUUGCUCCAUUUGACAAUGCAUGACUAUCCACCUCUUGUGUCUGGGGCACUUCAGCUUCUCUUCAGGCACUUCAGUCAGAGGCAAGAAGUCCUUCAAGCAUUCAAACAGGUUCAACUACUUGUUACCAGCCAAGAUGUUGACAACUAUAAGCAAAUCAAACAAGACUUGGACCAACUAAGGUCAAUAGUGGAAAAGUCAGAACUUUGGGUAUAUAAAGGACAGGGACCUGAUGAGACAAUGGAUGGAGCAUCUGGUGAAAAUGAACACAAGAAAACAGAGGAAGGGAAUAACAAGUCUCAAAAGCAUGAAAGUACCAGUAGCUACAACUACAGAGUGGUAAAAGAGAUUUUGAUUAGACUUAGCAAACUGUGUGUCCAAGAGAGCGCCUCUGUCAGGAAGAGCAGAAAGCAGCAGCAACGGUUACUGAGAAACAUGGGAGCCCAUGCCGUUGUCCUGGAACUCUUACAGAUCCCCUAUGAGAAGGCUGAAGAUACCCGGAUGCAAGAGAUCAUGAAGCUGGCUCAUGAGUUUUUACAGAAUUUCUGUGCUGGUAAUCAGCAGAAUCAGGCACUCCUCCACAAGCACAUAAACCUCUUUCUGAAUCCUGGGAUCCUGGAGGCAGUGACCAUGCAGCAUAUUUUCAUGAAUAACUUCCAGCUUUGCAGUGAGAUCAACGAGAGAGUCGUCCAGCACUUUGUCCAUUGUAUUGAAACACAUGGCAGGAAUGUCCAGUACAUCAAAUUCCUGCAAACAAUUGUCAAGGCUGAAGGGAAGUUUAUUAAAAAAUGCCAAGACAUGGUCAUGGCGGAGUUGGUUAAUUCAGGAGAAGAUGUCCUUGUGUUCUACAAUGACAGAGCCUCCUUCCAGACUCUCAUCCAGAUGAUGAGAUCAGAGCGGGACCGAAUGGAUGAAAAUAGCCCUCUGAUGUACCAUAUCCAUUUGGUAGAACUCUUAGCAGUGUGCACAGAGGGUAAAAAUGUCUACACCGAGAUCAAGUGUAACUCCCUCCUUCCUUUAGAUGACAUUGUCCGAGUAGUGACCCAUGAGGACUGCAUCCCUGAGGUUAAAAUCGCAUACAUCAACUUUCUGAACCAUUGCUAUGUGGACACCGAGGUAGAAAUGAAGGAGAUUUAUACCAGUAAUCAUAUGUGGAAGUUAUUUGAGAAUUUUCUUGUUGACAUCUGUAGGGCAUGUAACAACACAAGUGACAGGAAACAUGCCGACAAUAUUCUGGAGAAAUACGUGACCGAGAUCGUCAUGAGCAUUGUGACAACCUUCUUCAGCUCCCCCUUCUCUGAUCAAAGCACCACCUUGCAGACUCGUCAGCCAGUCUUUGUACAGCUGCUACAGGGAGUGUUCAGGGUUUAUCACUGCAACUGGCUGAUGCCAAGCCAGAAAGCCUCCGUUGAGAGUUGUAUAAGGGUGCUCUCUGAUGUAGCUAAAAGCCGGGCAAUCGCCAUUCCUGUGGACUUGGACAGCCAGGUCAACAAUCUGUUCCUGAAGUCACACAACAUUGUGCAGAAAACUGCCAUGAACUGGCGGCUGUCAGCAAGAAAUGCUGCUCGCAGGGACUCUGUCCUCGCCGCUUCCCGUGAUUACAGGAACAUCAUUGAAAGAUUGCAGGAUAUAGUUUCUGCAUUAGAAGACCGUUUACGGCCCCUUGUCCAGGCAGAGUUGUCCGUGCUCGUGGAUGUCCUCCAUCGACCAGAACUGCUUUUCCCAGAGAACACAGAUGCCCGAAGAAAAUGUGAAAGCGGAGGCUUUAUCUGCAAGUUAAUAAAACAUACCAAACAGCUGCUAGAAGAAAAUGAAGAAAAACUUUGUAUCAAAGUGUUACAAACACUCAGGGAAAUGAUGACCAAAGAUAGAGGCUAUGGAGAAAAGGGUGAGGCACUCAGGCAAAUUUUGGUCAACCGUUACUAUGGAAACAUCAGACCUGCAGGAAGAAGAGAGAGCCUUACGAGCUUUGGCAAUGGCCCGCUAUCUCCAGGAGGACCUAGCAAAGCUGGGGGAGGAGGGGGAAGUUCAGCAUCCAGUACCAUGAGUAGAGGUGAAAUGAGUUUGGCAGAUGUUCAGUGCCAUCUGGAUAAAGAAGGGGCAUCCAAUCUCGUCAUUGACCUCAUUAUGAAUGCAUCCAGUGACCGAGUUUUUCAUGAAAGCAUCCUGCUUGCCAUUGCACUCUUGGAAGGUGGAAACACCACCAUACAGCACUCCUUUUUCUGCCGAUUGACAGAGGAUAAAAAGUCAGAAAAAUUCUUUAAAGUUUUCUAUGACCGAAUGAAAGUGGCCCAACAAGAAAUCAAGGCAACAGUCACUGUUAACACAAGUGACUUGGGGAAUAAGAAGAAAGAUGAUGAUCCAGACAGAGAUGCCCCAUCACGUAAAAGAGCAAAAGAGCCCUCAACCCAGAUAACAGAAGAGGUCCGAGACCAGUUAUUGGAGGCCUCCACUGCCACAAGGAAAGCUUUCACCACCUACAGAAGAGAGGCGGAUCCUGAUGACCAUUUCCCAUCUGGAGAAGGUGGAACCCCAGCCACACCAGAUAAACCCAAAGAUGACUUGGAGAUGAGUGCUGUGAUCACAAUCAUGCAACCCAUUCUCCGCUUCUUACAGCUCCUCUGUGAAAACCAUAACCGAGAUCUUCAGAACUUCCUUCGUUGUCAAAAUAAUAAGACCAACUACAACUUGGUGUGCGAGACGUUGCAGUUUCUGGAUUGCAUUUGUGGGAGCACAACUGGAGGGCUUGGACUUCUGGGUCUGUAUAUAAAUGAGAAGAAUGUCGCACUAAUCAACCAGACGCUGGAAACACUUUCUCCAUCUCUGCUGGCUCGACAUAACAAAGAACUUCAGAACAUGUUGAAACCUGGAGGUCAAGUAGAAGGAGAUGAAGCUCUAGAAUUCUAUGCCAAACACACAGCACAAAUUGAGAUCGUCAGGUUAGAUCGCACGAUGGAGCAAAUAGUUUUCCCUGUGCCCAGUAUAUGUGAAUUUCUUACCAAGGAGUCCAAACUACGGAUAUAUUACACCACCGAGAGGGACGAACAAGGGAGUAAAAUAAAUGACUUUUUCUUGAGAUCUGAAGACCUCUUCAAUGAAAUGAACUGGCAGAAGAAGCUGAGAGCCCAGCCAGUGUUGUACUGGUGCUCUAGGAACAUGUCCUUCUGGAGCAGCAUUUCAUUUAACCUGGCCGUCCUGAUGAAUCUACUUGUUGCAUUUUUCUACCCAUUUAAAGGAGUCCGAGGAGGCACCCUUGAGCCACACUUGUCAGGACUGCUGUGGACCGCCAUGCUGAUCUCCUUGGCCAUAGUCAUCGCCCUCCCCAAGCCCCACGGCAUCCGAGCGCUCAUUGCUUCCACUAUCCUCCGACUCAUCUUUUCGGUUGGCUUGCAGCCCACGUUGUUCCUUCUGGGCGCUUUCAAUGUCUGUAAUAAAAUCAUUUUCCUGAUGAGCUUUGUCGGGAACUGUGGGACCUUCACAAGAGGAUACCGAGCAAUGAUCCUGGAUGUUGAGUUCCUUUAUCAUCUGUUAUAUCUCCUUAUCUGUGCCAUGGGACUCUUUGUUCAUGAAUUCUUCUACAGUCUGUUGCUUUUUGACUUGGUGUACAGAGAAGAGACUCUGCUUAAUGUCAUUAAGAGUGUUACUCGCAAUGGACGAUCCAUCAUCCUGACUGCUGUUCUUGCCCUGAUCCUGGUUUACCUGUUCUCCAUUGUGGGCUAUCUGUUCUUCAAAGAUGACUUUAUCUUAGAAGUAGAUAGACUGCCCAACGAAACCUCACUUCCAGAUACCAGUGAAAGUCUGGCGGGAGAGUUCCUGUAUUCUGAUGUGUGUAGGUUGGGGGCUGGGGAAAACUGUUCUGCUCCCGUACACACAGAAGAGCUGACUCCGGCAGAACAAAUCGAAGAAGAUAAAGAACAUACGUGUGAGACAUUACUGAUGUGCAUUGUUACUGUGCUGAGUCACGGGCUGAGAAGUGGGGGUGGAGUAGGAGAUGUGCUCAGGAAGCCAUCCAAAGAGGAACCUCUUUUUGCUGCCCGAGUGAUUUAUGACCUCCUGUUCUUCUUUAUGGUGAUUAUCAUCGUCCUUAACCUGAUUUUUGGGGUCAUCAUCGAUACCUUUGCUGACCUGAGGAGUGAAAAGCAGAAGAAAGAGGAGAUCUUGAAGACCACCUGCUUUAUUUGUGGCUUAGAGCGAGACAAAUUCGAUAACAAGACAGUCACUUUUGAAGAGCACAUUAAAGAGGAACACAACAUGUGGCAUUAUUUGUGCUUCAUCGUCUUGGUUAAGGUGAAGGAUUCUACCGAGUACACAGGACCGGAAAGCUACGUGGCGGAGAUGAUCAAGGAAAGAAAUCUGGACUGGUUCCCUAGGAUGCGAGCUAUGUCACUGGUCAGUAGUGAUUCUGAAGGAGAGCAAAAUGAGCUGAGGAACCUGCAGGAAAAGCUGGAGUCCACCAUGAAGCUCGUUACCAAUCUCUCUGGUCAGCUGUCAGAAUUAAAGGAUCAGAUGACAGAACAAAGGAAGCAGAAACAGAGAAUUGGCCUUCUAGGACAUCCUCCUCACAUGAACGUCAACCCACAGCAACCAGCAUAAGUCAAUGAAAUAAAGGGGUAGUAUUUAAUCAUCAUUAUUAUUAUUAUUAA